CUCUCCCACGCCUCAACUUCAACCAGUCACUGAUCGAUCGCACAUGGACGACUACGAUAAACUGACCCCCGAGGAACGCGAGAAGAAGGACAGGGAGGACAGGGAGAGGGAGCGGCAGGAGCAAGCGACGCUUCCUUACUCGUGGACCCAGGAGCUUUCUGACGUCGAUGUGACCGUCCCUGUGCCCCCGGGCACGCGAGGCAGGGACCUCGUCGUCGAGAUCAAGAAGAAGCGUUUGAGUGUCGGACUCAAAGGUCAACCCAAGAUCUUGGAAGGCGAACUCUGCAAGGAGAUCAAGGUCGAAGACAGCACUUGGACGCUAGAGGACAACAAGCUCGUUCUCAUCCAUCUUGAGAAGCUGAACAAGCAGACUUGGUGGGAGAAUGUCCUGACGCAUCACCCGAAGAUCGACACUACCAAGAUUGUGCCACCCAACAGUUCAUUGAGUGAACUUGACGGCGAAACAAGAGGGAUGGUCGAGAAGAUGAUGUACGACAACCAGCAGAAGCAAAUGGGCAAGCCCACGUCAGACGAGCAGAAGAAGGCGGAGGCUCUCGCGAAAUUCCAAGCCGCACACCCAGAGCUCGACUUCUCGAAUGCGAAGAUCUCGUAGAAAAUAUAACUCCAAGCACAAUUGUACUACCACUACCACAGCAAAUGACACGGCUUUCGGAAAUCGUGCCGCAAUCUAA